AAUUACUCCACUUGCAGCGCGCGGCAGAGGAGAGGCUAAAGGAGGGCAAGGCCAAAGGGGGUGGGCAUAAGAGAAGAAGAAACUAAAAACGAUACGAAAGAAAGAACUAAAAAAAGAUGGGAUGGAUUGGAGAUGCCGUCGAUUCCAUCAAAUCUCUUCAGAUCAGACAAGUUCUCACGCAGGCCGUUAGCCUUGGUAUGAUUGUUACAUCAGCGUUGAUAAUAUGGAAAGGCCUGAUGUGUAUUACUGGCAGUGAAUCUCCUGUGGUGGUUGUUCUGUCUGGAAGCAUGGAACCUGGCUUUAAGAGGGGGGAUAUUUUGUUUUUGCACAUGAGCAAGGACCCUAUUCGUGCGGGAGAAAUUGUUGUGUUUAAUGUCGAUGGACGUGAAAUUCCAAUUGUCCAUCGAGUAAUUAAGGUACAUGAACGGAAAGAUACUGGUGAGGUUGAUGUUCUCACAAAAGGGGAUAAUAAUUUUGGGGAUGACAGGCUUUUGUAUGCUCAUGGUCAACUCUGGCUUCAGCGUCACCAUAUAAUGGGAAGAGCUGUAGGGUUCUUACCAUAUGUUGGCUGGGUUACAAUAAUCAUGACGGAGAAGCCCAUCAUAAAGUACUUACUCAUUGGUGCCCUGGGGUUGUUGGUUGUAACUUCAAAGGAUUGAGUGACUUAAAGUUUCCAUCCUUGGUUGGCUUGGGCCUCCACAAUUCCUUUUCACUUUGAUGACUGGCCGCUGUACACUUCUGCCCCAUUUGAUCUGGCCUCCAUAGACUGGGUGAAAGGGUGAAUUUCUAGUUUUAAAAAGAAUAGGGGUUACAAUAUGGAUGAAAUGUCAUACCUUUGGAAAUGUUGAAUGUGUCAAAUUCACAAUAUAUAUCCCGUGUGUUCUGGACUUA